UUCUGCAAAACGUUCAUCAUUUGUUUAGAAUCUGUCAUUAUUUUCUCCAUUUAGGAACGUUAUUGACUGCUGACAUCAAAAUCAAAACAAUGUCUGAAUGUCUAUGAUCUUAUUUAUUUCAUAGUUUGAAAGAAGACAUAGCCCAAAAGUUUGUCUUGCCCGAGCGGCAGACAAAAGUCGACGCCCUUGUUAAGAAAAUGGACACGGAAGACAUUCAGUAUUGUAUAUGUCGGUCUACGGACUCCACUAGGUUUAUGAUAUGCUGUGACAAUUGUGAGGAAUGGUACCAUGGCGACUGUAUCAAUGUCAACGAGAAGGAAGCGAAGUCAAUCAAGGCGUUCUUCUGUCAAAUCUGCCGAGAGAAGAACCCAGCCCUCAAAAUCAAAUACAAAGUGAAGAAAGAAAAGUAUUGGAAGAAAGGUGUUAGCGAUACCAGUGACUUGGAACCAGGCUCAAAAUACACCAGGCUAUCGGCCAAGAAGAAGUCCACCAGAAGAUGUGGCGAGUGCAUGGCGUGUUCCAAGACGACCGAUUGCGGCCGAUGCGACUUCUGUAAGGAUAUGAAGAAGUUUGGAGGACUCAACAAAAUCAGGCAGAAGUGUCGAUUGAGGCAGUGCCUUAAUUUUGGUCACUCACAGUCUAGAUGUACAGGCAAACAGGGGCUUGCAAUAUCGGCAAACGGCAGCGACACCCCCACAUCCCACCGUUCAAAAUCACAGGAUUCCGGAUCAGAAUUUGGGGAAUUUCCAGACGAUUUCUUAUCCGGAUUGACGGAAAAUAUCAUGCGUUCAAAAUCGUCGUCUGAUUGGAGCUCGCCGCCGAGGAAGAAGACGAAGCGAGAAGAAAAGGAGAAGAAGAAACAUCAUCGCAAGGAGAAGAAACAAAAAGAGUCCAAGUCUAAAUCAAAACAUUCCAGACACCAAUCAAAAUCUUACGACCUUGACAUUGAAUUUGAGCGCCCCCUAUUUGAAGAUGUCGACGACUCGAUGAAGCAGUGCUAUGGCCCGGGGUGUGCGGAGAUUGCUCGUCCGGGAUCCAAGUAUUGCUCAGAUGACUGUGGAAUGAAACUUGCCACAAAUCGUAUAUUUGAGAUCCUUCCCCAGCGUAUUCAGCAGUGGCAGUCAUCGCCCUGUAUAGCAGAGGACAACAACAAGAAGGAGCUUGAGAAGAUUCGUCGCAGCCAGCUCGACGCCCGCCAGAAACUCGGUGAACUGGACCUGAAACACCAGGAGCUGGACGCCCUGAUCGAACGAGCGAAACAUGCCUCGAUAGCCCCGGAGCAGGACAAUACGGAGGGUGAUGAGGAAGCUGAGUUGAGUGUCUACUGCGUCACAUGCGGCCAUGAAAUCAGUCAAAAGGGGGCGCUAAAACACAUGGAGAAAUGUUUUGCCAAGUACGAAUCGCAGACAUCAUUUGGCUCCAUCUACAAAACACGAAUUGAAGGCAACUCGAUGUUUUGUGAUUACUACAACGCAUCACAGAAGACCUACUGCAAGAGACUCAAGGUCUUGUGUCCGGAACAUAGCAAGGAACCAAAGGUCAGUCAAGAUGAAGUGUGCGGUUGUCCACUCGUGUCAAACGUCUUCGAAGAAACGGGGGAAUUCUGCCGAGCGCCAAAAAGGAAAUGCAAUAAACACUUCUGCUGGGAGAAGCUGAGGAGAGCUGAAAUCGACAUGGAACGAGUACGACAGUGGCUCAAGCUUGAUGAACUCUUUGAGGAGGAGCGCAAUAUCAGAAUGGCAAUGGCGAGCCGGGCCGGCGUGCUCGGCCUCAUGCUGCAUCAGACCAUCGAUCAUGACCCUCUCAAUCCCAUCAAACAACUCACUCAUGAAUAAAAAACAGAGUCUGGAGUAUAGAGUGUUUUCAUGGUCAGUCAUGUUGGAGGGCAGAACAAUGAUUUGUUGUGCCUGACUUAACUGAAUCAAAAUCAUUGUUCAUGGUCAUUUAGGCUUCCUUUCUUUUGUCUGUCCCUCCAGAAUGGAAGGUGAUGACGUCACGUGAAACCACGCUAUAGGGCGUCAAAAACUUUGUGUCCUUCCUUAGUCCACUGCCAACUGUAUUAUUUGAAUUACUAUCAGAAAUUGCAUUCCCUUUACAGUGAGGCCUUCAGAAAACAAAAGUGUGUUUGAAAUUUACUUGACUGAUAUUCUGUUUGUGGCAUUAUGAGGUAUGCUAUGGCUGCCUGGUGUACCAGUCUCAUGACGUCGUCAUGCAGUGUAGGUAAAUGCAUGACACAAUGUAUGAAGUGACAUCAUUGCAAAUGAUGUGGAAAGCUGUUCAAAGCUUAAUAAUGAUGCCAUGUGACGUCCCGUCAUGAAGUGUUGAAAUGGACGCAAAAUCACUGACCCUGUUACUUCCCUUUUGAGCGUUUUCCUAUAGAAAAAUGUAACCCUAGUCUCAAAAAAUCAAACGAGCCCCAAAAGAUAUCAUAUCUUCAGUAUUUGCCUAACCGGUUGUUGGAGGCUUGUAAGCAUUGUCUCCAGAGUUGACAAUCUUUAUUAUAACUCUGUUUUGUAAAAUGUAUUGUGUAUAUCAAAUUGUCGCAGGUUGCAGCAACAGAAAUCUCUGGUUUGUGCGGCGCUGGUGUUUAUAAAGGUAGCAACACAUCAAAGAACCUUUGAAUUGGUGAUCAGGCCAUUUAAGUGGUUUAAAGGUGGAGAACCUUUGUAGGUUACAUGAAGUUUGAAAGUGGCCGGGUUGUUACGCCAUAGGAUAAUUUGCAUAUCUUAGUUGUUCUGUUCUCGCUAGUGAGACCCUAAGUAUUACAUGUCUUGUGCCUCGUGCAGAACUGCUGUCAAGGGGGAGCUCACCUUGUUGAGAAAAGCCAGUGAAGAGUGAUGCAGGGAUUUUUGGGCUUCGUGGAUUUUGGGCAAAAACACAACAUAUUACCUCGGGAUUGACGAAAUAACAAAGUCUCCAAGUUUUUUGUGUUUUUGGGUAAAUCUAGUCAGCCGACUUAUUCCAUCUAUUUUGCUGGCCCCCUGUGUAAAUCUAGUGCCUCCGAUAGAUCUGCUGUCAAACGUGUUGUAAGAUAUAAUACUGUCAUUUUUUCAUAUUUGGAUUAGGUCUUUAGCCACAGAACCGGUGAAACCUCAUCAGUGGCAAUCACCAGUACUCUAAAACCGCUUUAUAAGAUCAGUUGAUUUAAACACGAGGUGGGGUUGAUACAGUUGCGUGUGCAUUAGUGUGGCGAAAAUAGUUCUCCAGUGGUACAGGAUUCAUUUCAAGAAGUCGAUUCCGUCUGAAUAACUUACGCUGUAUAAACACAAUUUAGAGCUUUUCAAAAUGCAUUCGGAGUGAUCUUAUAGAAGGGAUUAGGGAGUAUCUAUCAGUAUCUCACUGUUGUGUAUGGUGUAAACUGUAAUUGAUUUUAUGUGACACUAUAUAUAGUUUCUAGUUGGUGAGGGAAUUUUGUCUUUGAUUAGGUAUGGAAGUGAAGUGUUCUCUCUUCCCUUUAUUUUCUUCCUGAAAUAAUGACAAAUAUGAUCAUGAUCAGACGCAACCUAAUCAUACAUGAAAUGCAGCGUCAGAUCGAGAAAAGAAGGCCUUGGCACUUGCAUACAGAAGUGCUGCACCAGUGAUCCAAUGCUUUGAACUUGACUGUCUAGGGGCAGGGGCAUAGCUAGCAGGGAACUAACAUAAAACGUGUUUUUGACCAUGAUUUUGGCUCAGAUAGUAAUUUUGUUCGCCGAAGACCAAAAAGCAAGCUAUGCUCCUGCAGUCCUGUCUGUGUUGUAUUUAAAGAUGUUAAUGUGUUGUUAAAUCAGUUCCUUUUACUUUCAUUAGAACUUUGCCUCGUUGUAGAAUGUCCUGUGUUGAUACAAGCUCUGCUCAUGGAGGAUACCGGGCGUCUGUCACAUCGGCCUGAAUAUGUUAAGCUUAUGCACGUUAUCAGCUUAACUCCCAUCUCUAAUGCCAUGCGCCCGGCGAGAAGGCAGUCUGUACCCUACUUUUAACCAGCUGGCGGCUGCCGUGUGAACCCUGUGGUUAUCUACCUCCGGUAUCCAACUUGAGCUCUACCUAAAGGAGAUUAAGGUCACAUAUUUAGCUUGUGUGGCAUAGCAUGUGCAUACAGCUUUAGUAUAUUUUUGUUAUUAAAUUCAUUCAACUUGAA